UCUCCCCUAUCCGAGGGACGCGAACGACAUACGCACACAUACGAUAAUUACACCUCUAGUCAGACUAUAGAACACCUCAAAUCUUGCAUUUGUCUCACUACCAGUAAUACCAACACAAUCGACUAGACGAAUAUACAAGGUGUCAAUUCCUUAGCGCACCAGUGAAACGCAUGUAGGCCUCAGCCUCGUGACGGCCGCAUCGUUUUGGCCCGACAUAGCCCCUCAGAAGCAUGUCAAUCGGAAUCCCGCAUCCUACAGGUCCUCCAUUUUCAAGUAAACCGGGAAAUAACUACUCUGCCACAUAUUCGGUGCGAAGUAGGGUCCACACUGCAGCAUAUGACAUCUUCAGUCGACACGGGAAUCAAUUCAGUCAUCGCCAGCUAUCGUAUUCACACUCCGCAGCGCCCCGAAUACGCAUCUCCGACACCUUCCGCAGUGUGAUACCGCAUCGCAUCACAUCGUAUCAGCAUACGAAGUUCGCAUCCGGAUCUUGCCCAGCAGUUCCUCUCGGCCAGAACAUCAAAAACAAACACACAAGUACUCUUGUGAUUAAUCCUCCUCUUGGACCAAAUCACACACACACACCCCGUGGGUCACGCUCACUCCAGAAACCCGCCAUCAUUCCGCAACUCUCCUGUAUCUGUAACAUCUCAUCGCCUCGCUCCACCACCCACCCAACUCUGUUCUCUUCGCAACAUAACAUGCCGCCCCUCGCCCUCGCCCUCGCAGCUAUCCUGAGCGACUACCACCACCACAACCACUACAACCACCACAACGACCAUCCACCACACCAACCCGCAACAGCAAACCCAUGGCCAUCCCACCCUCCACACAGCACACACCUCCCCGCCGCGCCAUGGGCGCUAGUACAUUUAAAUCUCUUCCUGGCGUUGUGGGUAGUGUAUCUAGGUGCGUGGCUGGCGUGGUUGUAUUGGAGGGGGUUGUUGAAGGGAGUGGGGGAUGUGCUCGGGCUUGAAGUGUUGGGAGGGACGGCGAACAGGUUUUCGAGGAGUAGAGGCGAACGAGGGGAGAUAGCAUACGCCGCCAACGCCGUCGCUGAAGAUCAAGAUGAAUCUGGAGAUGAGGAUGUUGAAGAAGAAGAUGAAGCUGCUCUGUAAAAGUGCAUGCCGGGACGCAAAGUCGUCGAGAGCAUCACUCAUUCGUCAGCCCACCUAUGCUUCCGUUCCGUCCGAGCAUGCCACUGAACCGUCUGCUCAACCCGUGA